AUGAAUACAUAUUUGAGCACCUCUCACUGUCUUUUCAUAUCUAUCUAUCUAUCUAUCUAUCUAUCUAGUUCUUUCUGUUCAUUAUCUAUCUAUCUAUCUAUCUAUCUAUCUAUCUAUCUAUCUAGUUCUGUUCAUUAUCUAUCUAUCUAUCUAUCUAUCUAUCUAGUUCUGUUCAUUAUCUAUCUAUCUAUCUAUCUAUCUAUCUAUCUAGUUCUGUUUAUCUAUCUAUCUAUCUAUCUAUCUAUCUAUCUAUCUAUCUAUCUAUUCUGUUUCAUUAUCUAUCUAUCUAUCUAUCUAUCUAGUUCUGUUCAUUAUCUAUAUCUAUUCUAUCUAUCUCUAUCUAUCUAUCUAGUUCUAUUCUGUUCAUUAUCUAUCUAUCUAGUUCUGUUCAUUAUCUAUCUAUCUCUCUAUCUAUCUAGUUCUGUUCAUUAUCUAUCUAUCUAUCUAUUCUAUCUAUCUAUCUCUUUCUGUUCAAAUUUUUCUAUUCCUGUCUACCAUCUCUAUCUAUUUAAUGUAUCUAUAUUAAAUUCUGUUCAUUAUCUAUCUAUCUAUCUAUCUAUCUAUCUUUUUUCAUUCAACUUUAUAUUCAUAGAUGUACAGAAACAAACCCUAUCUAUUUAA